AUGAAUGAAUUCGUCGACACUGUUGUACGAAUCGAUAACCGCUUCUACGACCGACAGCGAGAAGAAAGCGAACUUAAACAAUGGCGCCGUAACCCAGGACGAGGAAACGGCGGACGAUUCCAACAAAGACGGAACUUUGGGAGAAGGGACAACGACCCCUACGGACCCAAACCAAUGGAACUCGAUGCAGCAAGGCUGCCUACCGAAGAACAGAAACGACGCAAAAACAACAACCUGUGCUUCAACUGUGGUAAGCCAGGACACCGAAUCAAGGACUGCCGAAGCAAGAGGCAGGAGAAACCCCAACAAUUGAACGCGACCCAAGAACGAAGAGGUGCGUACGACACUACUGGCACCGAGAAACCAGAACAAGGGAAGCCUCAACGGCUCUACGCGACGCAGGAGCGCGACUGGGAAGGCCCCAUGAUUGUGGAUGGGAGCAAGCCACCAGGACUGUAUCGGGAUGAGCGAAUGCUCUCCGAAACAGACGACGAAGAAUUCCCAGAGAUCGACUAUGAAAUCAUCGAAAACUCGCCGCAGAUGUACGCGAAGGAUCAUGCCGCGGAACUGACACAAAACAACGAGGUCUAUAUGGACGACCUAGUCCUUAGGACGCCCGCGCAAGCUGGUAGCGCGGAGGAACACUUUGAGCGCUUCAAGCAAGGCUCAGAAGAUAUUGAGAGUCAAGGAUGGACCCAGUACGGUCCCUGGAACACCAUCGACUCCCAGGAAUUGUCGGACGAUUCCCAGGAGUGGGGCACAGGAAAACCCCAGGAACAGAGAAACCUCGAGUGA